AUUGCCCUCUACUCAAAUCUUCUCUGAACUAAAAGACAGUGAAGCCAAAAAAAGAGAGCGAGAAGCGUCGAUGUUGGCGAAGAGCAAGAUGUGUUGUCUCCUCCUCCGUUACUACUCCCUUUUCUUGAUCGUCUUCUCUCUAAUUUCACUCCAAGGUUUCGCCAAGAAGACAGGAGAUGUGUCGGAAUUACAGAUCGGGGUUAAGUUUAAGCCAAAAACGUGUGAAAUUAAGGCUCACAAAGGUGAUAGGAUCAAGGUGCACUACAGGGGGAAACUUACUGAUGGAACCGUAUUUGAUUCGAGCUUUGAAAGGGGUGAUCCGUUCGAGUUUGAACUAGGAAGUGGUCAGGUUAUCAAAGGUUGGGAUCAAGGGUUGCUAGGUGCGUGUGUAGGAGAGAAGAGGAAGUUAAAGAUACCUGCUAAACUUGGAUAUGGUGAACAGGGCUCUCCUCCUACUAUCCCCGGUGGUGCAACACUGAUAUUUGACACAGAGCUUGUUGCGGUGAAUGGAAAACCAACUGUUGUAGAAGAAGAAGACGAAGAUGACACAUCUGGAGAUGACGAGCUAUAACUGGAUGGAUCUCCAUUCUCUAAGAUGAAACGAAGUUCUAUGGGCGUUUUUUUUCUUUCUUUGGCUUCUUCCUUAUAAGUUGUUAUUACUUAAAAUGUUCAUUUCGGUUUGGCCUUUGGUGUUAGUUAUAGACAAAAAGAACAAUUGAAAUUAGGCGCAAAAUUACUUUUCAAAAAGAACAGAAAAUUGUUCUCCAACUAAAAA